CUGAACGGUGAAAUUCUCGCAGCAACGCCUUGAAAAAAAAAAACGCUGGAAUCCUGAUCGGCGACGGAAUCCUGGGAAUUGCGCGCGGAGGCGGCGCCACGGCCGCUUUGUUGACGAUCCAGCCGGCUGUGGGACCUGCGGAGAAUCUGAAACCAAACAAGAACAGUCGGUUCAAUCUGGCGUAACAACAUUCCGUAACCGCUCCGCUCUUGCUUGCACCCAGCAGUUGUUUCAGGUUUGUUCGAAGCAAUUUGAAGCCGCCGACUACACGAAAAUAUGGUCAAGAGGAAAGUGCAGGUGUUGCUGGACUCGGAUACAUCAAGCGACAGCAGUGCGUCCGAUUUGGACAAUGAGCUGCUGUCCUUGGCGAAGAAGAAGAAAACCAGCAACGAUGAGAGCGAGCCCAGCAUGAAAAAGGCGACCAACGCCUACUCCGACUCGGAAACCUCCUCCGGUUCCGACGGUGACUGGGACGCGAGGGGUAAAUCGAAAAAGAAGAAGAAAACUAAAAAACAGAGCAAAAAGGCCGUCUCCAAGUCAUCGUCCGACUCAGACAGCAGCGACGAAGAGAAUGGAAACAAUGACAAACACUCUGAACCCGAAGAAGGUGAGGUUUCUGAGUCAGGCAGCAACGCUUCUGGGGAUGAUGAUGAAGAUUCAUCAGACUCUAGCCAGGAUGAGUUCAACGAUGGUUACGAUGAAAACUUGAUGGGUGAUGAAGAGGACAAAGCUCGAUUAGCGAAAAUGACUGAAAAAGAAAGGGAGCAAGAAAUUUUUAAAAGGGUGGAGCAGAGGGAAAUAAUGAAAACAAGGUUUGAAAUUGAAAAAAAGCUCAGGCUGGCCAAGAAACAAGAGAUGAAGAAAAAGAAAAAAGGAACAAGCGCUAAGAAGUCUCAGUCAGACAAUAAAAUAGACGUAAAAGAAAGGAGUAAAGAACGCAAGAAGACUGUUGAAGAAAACCGAGGGAAGAUGGACAAAAAGGCCCAGGCAAUGAAUCUGCUCAAAGCCAGGAGAGAAGAGAAAAAAGAAAGAGAAGAAAAAGAAAAACAGCAAAAGGCAGCAGAAGAAAAGCGAAAAGAGGAAGAAGAGAGUAAGAAGAGAUUAGACAGUGAUAUCGAUGAUGGUGAAGGAGGUGGAAGCACCACGGGCAAGACGAAGCUAAAAGCUAGUGAUAUCUACAGUGACGACAGCGGGUCUGAUAGUGAUACAUCUCCACCUUCGAACGCAGACAGACAGAGGAGACCAGACCUCAAACGCGAUUCCUCGAGUUCAAAGAGCAGCUCUUCUGACUCUGACUCAGAUGCAAGAUCUACAGAAAGCUCAAAGGUCAAAACGAAGAAAAUCCAAUAUAUAACAACCAACGAGGAAUUAAACAGAAUUAGGUUAUCACGUCAUAAAAUGGAAAGGUUUGUUCAUUUGCCCUUCUUCCAGAAAGUUGUACAUGGUUGUUUUGUAAGGAUUGGUAUUGGCAAUCACAAUGGAAAACCAGUCUAUCGUGUAGCAGAAGUUAGUGAUGUGGUAGAAACUUCAAAAAUCUACCAGCUGGGGAACACGAAGACGAACAAAGGCUUGAGACUCAAGCACGGGACACAGGAAAGGGUGUUCAGGCUGGAGUUCAUCUCCAACCAGGAGUUCACCGAGCCGGAGUUCCUCAAAUGGAGAGAUACCUGCGAGAAACAGAAUGUCACCCUUCCUACAGUCGAUCACAUUAUGAGCAAAGUCAGGGAUAUCAAGGAAGCUAUGAUUUAUGAGUUUAAAGAAGAGGACAUAGAAAAGAUAAUAAAAGAGAAGGAGAGAUAUAAGACUAACCCCCAUAACUAUGCGAUGAAAAAAACGGAAUUGAUGAAACAAAGAGACAUGGCACAGCAAAGAGGUGACGAAGAUGAGGCAAGGCGGAUCAGCCAGCAGCUCCUCCAACUGGAAGAAAGGGCCAAUGAAUUGGACAAAAAACGAACGUCGACCAUAUCAAGUAUUAGUUAUAUUAAUAAUAGGAAUAGAAGAAAGAAUGUUGAAGAAGCUGAAAAGGCCAUUAUGGAAGAAGUAAGGGCGAACAAAGGGAAGAAAAUAGACGACCCAUUCACAAGACGUAGUACAAAACCUAGGAUGACUUUUUCAAAAGAAGAACCAGAAGAUACGCCUGCUCCUCCUCUAUUAGCAAAUGGCCAAAAGGACAAUUCUCUAGGUGGGAAUAAAACAAAUGAAUCAAACAAAGACAAUCCUCUCAACUCAAAGACUGACGAUCUAUUCACCGCUCAUGAUUUUGAUAUUGACCUUGACGUAGAAGUAACAAAUAAUCCUGUGAGUAUGGAACCAAAAGCUAUGAUAAUGGUUAAAGACACGGGACCGAAGAGAUCGCUCAAUUUAGAAGCCUUCAAGAAAAAACGGGGGAUGAUAUGAAGACUUUUAUAAUAUUUUUAAUGUCGCAGUUUCAAUCGUCGGUAGGAUAGACUUUAAGGGAUAAUAUGAAAUGUGAACCCCAAAGAAAAUUGUAAUAUAUCUAUUCGGAAAACAAAAGAACUUGGUAUUGUACAUUUAAAAAGUCGAUAGUAUGGACUCGAGUGGAUUUGUUAUGAGAAUUAACAAGUUUUUUUAUACCUUAUGCAAAGACGAUAAAGGAACUUAAAUAGGUUUACUCGGAUAUUUUAAAUCAAUUGUAAUGUACUUAAGUACAUUUAAAGUAUUUUAGACCCUACUUAAUAUAAAACAGUUUCCCCAAAGUAAGCUUAUAAUUUACUUUCUCAAAAUAAUUGAAUUAAAAUACUAUUACAUUACAAUUCGCUGUUAAAUAAAAUUAGUUCCUUUUUUCUCUUUUGUUUUUCCUUUUUCUUUUCUCUUUUGUAAAUGAAUUAUACUGUAAAUAUUUUGUUGUACAAAAAUAAUGCAAAGUUGAUGAUUUGUAAACA